AUGGAAAAAGAACUCAAUAGGCUGGAAGAUUUGUCAAUAAUCGUUUCUACCUACAAUGAGAAGGAUAACAUCGCAUUUUUGGUCUAUUUGAUACACUAUUACCUAAAACCACUGAACAUAAACUAUGAAAUAGUCGUUGUCGACGAUAACAGCCCAGACGGAACAGCUUCGGUGGUUGAGAAGCUACAGGAGUUAUUUACCAACGAAUUUUUGGUAAAAUAUAACUUUCCUCACAUUCCUAUGUUUGACAAACAUGACGUUCAUGAUUUUGAAAAUUCUUUUGAAAGUUUCAAUUCUUCAGAAGAUACUAAGGGUAAAAGGAAGUUACUCGGUCGAAAAGGUUCUAAGAAGGAUGAGCUUGCUUCCAAAAAUGUAGAAAGAACUAUGAAACUAGUUAAGCGGAUGAAGAAAUUAGGUUUGGGCAGUUCCUAUGUGUCUGGGUUAAGCCACUGUAAGUACGAUUUUGUCCUAAUUCUAGACGCUGAUCUAUCUCACCACCCAAUGUACAUCCCCUCUAUGCUCCGUCUACAGAAAGAAAAGGAUUUGGAUGUCGUUAGCUGUUCACGUUAUAGAAGUGAGGGGGGAGCCAGUGGCUGGCCAUUACAGCGGAUUUUUAUUUCAAAAACAUUGAAUUAUCUCUGUAAACUAUUUUUUAGACCCAAAGUUACAGACUUAACUGGCAGUUUUAGGCUAUACAGAAAGGACGUAUUGAGUAAGGUGAUAAACACAGUACAUAGCAAAGGUUUUCUGUUUCAAGUUGAAAUGAUCCUAAAGUGUGAAAAGGUUCUAAAUGCCAAAGUUGACGAAAUACCUAUUGUUUUUAUAGAGCGAAUAUAUGGGAAAUCUAAAUUCGGUAAAACUUCAAAGAUUCAACUUUUCAUAGGUUUAACUGAGAUUUUCAGAGGUUUGGUAGGAUUGUCUAAAUUACUUUGGGAAUUUUAA